GGUCCGCGCAUGCGCAUUGGGUCGCACCGAGGCCCCGCCCCCUGGACUGCGGGUGACUACGCGAGGGGCUUGAGUACCGCGGCAGGCAGGACGACGAACUAGUUGGGAUGGCCACCGGCUGGGGGAGCCUCUUGCAAGAUGAACAGCAGCUGGAGGAGCUGGCGCGGCAGGCUGUGGACAGGGCCCUGGCGGAGGGAGUGUUGCUGAGAACCUCACGGGAGCCCAGCUCCUCUGAUGUGGUAAGCUAUGCCCCAUUCACGCUCUUCCCCUCACUGGUCCCCAGUGCCCUGCUGGAGCAGGCCUAUGCCGUGCAGAUGGACUUCAACGCGCUGGUGGAUGCCGUCAGCCAGAAUGCUGACUUUCUGGAACAGACACUCUCCAGCACCAUCAAGAGGGACAAUUUCACCGCUCAUCUCUUCGACAUCCACAAGCAAGUCCUGAAAGAGGGCAUUGCUCAGACUGUGUUCCUGGGCCUGAAUCGUUCAGACUACAUGUUCCAGCGCAAUGCAGAUGGCUCCGCAGCCCUGAAACAGAUUGAAAUCAACACCAUCUCUGCCAGCUUUGGAGGCCUGGCCUCCCGCACCCCAGCUGUGCACCGACAUGUUCUCAAUGUCCUGAGUAAGACCAAAGAAGCUGCCAAGAUCCUCUUCAAUAAUCCCAGCAAGGGACUGGCCCUGGGGAUCGCCAAAGCCUGGGAGCUCUACGGCUCAGCCAAGGCUCUGGUGCUACUGAUUGCUCAAGAGAAGGAAAGGAACAUAUUUGACCAGCGUGCUAUAGAGAAUGAGCUACUAGCCAGGAAUAUCCAUGUAAUCCGUCGAAGGUUUGAAGAUGUCUCUGAAAAGGGGUCUCUGGACCAAGACCGAAGGCUGUUUAUGGACGGCCAGGAAGUGGCUGUGGUUUACUUCCGGGAUGGCUACAUGCCGAGUCAGUACAGUCCACAGAACUGGGAAGCACGCUUGCUGCUGGAGAGGUCACGUGCUGUCAAGUGCCCAGAUAUUGCCACCCAGCUGGCUGGGACGAAGAAGGUGCAGCAGGAGCUGAGCAGAAUGGGCGUACUGGAGAUGCUGCUCCCUGGCCAGUCUGAGGCUGUGGCUCGCCUCCAUGCCACCUUUGCUGGCCUCUACUCACUGGACAUGGGUGAAGAAGGGGACCAGGCCAUUGCUGAAGCCCUUGCUGCCCCUAGCCAGUUCGUGCUAAAGCCCCAGAGAGAGGGUGGAGGUAACAACCUAUACGGAGAGGAGAUGGUACAGGUCCUGGAGCGGCUGAAGGACAGCGAGGAGAGGGCCUCCUACAUCCUCAUGGAAAAGAUUGAACCUGAGCCUUUUGGAAAUUGCCUGCUGCGGCCUGGCAGCCCUGUCCGAGUGGUCCAGUGCAUCUCAGAGCUGGGCAUCUUUGGGGUCUAUGUCAGACAGGGAAAGACACUUGUGAUGAACAAUCACGUGGGACAUCUGCUUCGAACCAAAGCCAUCGAGCAUGCAGAUGGUGGUGUGGCAGCAGGAGUGGCAGUCCUGGACAACCCGUACCCUGUGUGAGGGCACAGCCAGGCCUGCCCAGACUUGACUUCACUUAAGAGACCUUCUAUCCCUGUACUUGUCAUUCCUCUCCUAGCCCCUCUGAGGGCCUUCCCUUCCUGCACCUUGGGAGGGCUGGUCUCCUCAGUUCACAGAAGGGUGAAUGCUGAGUACAUUCCCCCGGCUUUCCCAUCUGAGGACCAGAAAAGCUGUGUUUCCCUGAGGUGAGAUCUAGAGGCUCCUAAAUCCUGUGAGUGUGGGUACCUGAUUUGAGGGAAGGGUCCAUAACCCUGCCACCCUCCUCUCAACCCCUCACCAGCCUUUCCAGCAGGUUCCAGUGUUUGAUCUAGAAUAGGACUGAGAGGUAGGAGGAGGGCAGUGAAGGGGCAUAGCCUUUCCCCACUUCUGCCUUAAAUAAAACUACAUUGCUGAUUCUGUGA